CUUAUCUAUUAUCUUUCUUCUUCAACCCCAGACACACUUCUCCUCCUUUCUUCUAUCCUCUCUCCCUCUGAGCAAAAAUGGAAGUGGCUCUUCUCUCAUUCUCUUCUUCUUUGUCUCCUCUCUGUCACAACCGAACCUUAACCCUAACUCCCAAACACUCCAAAUCCCAAAACUACCCUCGUCUCCCUGUCAUCAGAUCCGCCGUGUCUCGUUCCAAAAAGGAAGAAACCGUCGAGACCGUCAAGUCCCACCUCGAGAAUUGCCACCUCCUCGCCGCCAUCAACUACAAAGGCCUCACCGUCAAGCAGUUCCAAGACCUCAGGAGAACUCUCCCAGACACAACAAAGCUCGUCGUCGCCAAGAACACUUUGGUCAUCAAAGCCAUCGAAGGCACCAAAUGGGAAGCUCUCAAGCCUUGUAUGAAAGGCAUGAACGCUUGGCUCUUUGUCCAGACCGAUGAGAUCCCUUCCGCCAUCAAACCUUACCGGAGUUUCCAAAAGGAACGCAAGCUCGAAGACAAUGACUUUGCAGGCGCUGUCUUUGAAGGUAAGUUCUACGCUCCAGACAACUUCAAAGCUCUGGAGACCAUGCCUACUCGUGCUGAGGUCUACGCUAAGAUGCUCGGAGCUCUGCAGAGUCCGGCCAUUAACCUCGUCUCUACGUUACAAGCACCAGCGAUUGAGGUUAUCAUGGUGCUCAAGGCUUAUGUCAAGAAGCUAGAAGAUGAGAGUAAUGCUGCAUAACUAGUUUAAAGUAAAGCUGUACUAAUCUCAGAGAAUGUAAUGUACUAAGGAAAAGCAAUUCAACUUUUUUUUGUCUUUGUCUAUGACUCGAGCAGCAAUGUUAUUGUUAUUACAGUCA